AUGGCCGCGGAGCAGGAGGUGCAGGAAGUGAAGGAGGAGGAGCAGGAGGAGCUGUGCGAGCCCAAGCAAGAGCAGCAGGAGGAGCCCAGCGCACUGGGGGCGGAGCUAAAGGACGACCUGGGGGCGGAGCUAAAGGAUAAACCCUCAGACUCUCCACUCGACUCCAGAGAGACACAGAUAAAAGAAGAAGAGGAGGAGGAGGAGGGGCGUGGCCUGUUCCCAGUGAUUGUCAGCGUCCGCAGUGAGAGAACUUUUUCCUGCAGCGUCUGCAGCAGACUCUUCAAACACAAACACGCUCUCACUCUGCACCACAAGGCCCACCGCAACCGCAGACCCUUCAGUUGUUCAGUUUGUGGCAAAGCCUUCACCCACAAGUGCUACCUGCAUCUGCACCAGAGAACUCACCGCGACAGGGUCCCACAGGCCUCUGAGCACCAGAGGACUCACCGCCCCAGGGUCCCACAGGCCUCUGAGCACCAGAGGACUCACCACCCCAGGGUCCCACAGGCCUCUGAGCACCAGAGGACUCACCUCCCCAGGGUCCCACAGGCCUCUGAGCACCAGAGGACUCACCGCCACAGGGUCCCACAAGCCUCUCAGCACCAGAGGACUCACCGCAGACAGCCCCGAAUACCUGAAAGAACUAGUGAAGCGCGCUGUCCUCCUAAAGUUCAGAGACAGAAGAGGAGCCUCACUACAGACAGACCCUUCAGCUGCUCAGUGUGUGCCAGAGCCUUCACCCACAAGUGCUACCUGCAUGUACACCGGAGGACUCACCGCGACAGGGUCCCAGAGGACAGUGUGCAUGAACAGCCGGAGCCCUGCCCCUCAGACUCAGACUCAGAUUCGUCUGAGAGCUGGACGCCUGAAGACAAACGCAGGAAGUGCCAGAGACGAGAGAGCCCACAGCAACCUUUCAGCUGCUCCGUCUGCCACAAGUGCUUUAAGAGCAGCUCUCACCUGAAGGAGCACUCUGUGACUCACAGCGGGGAGAAGCCCUUCAGCUGUUCCCUCUGGGAGAGGCCUUUCAGCUGCUCAGUCUGCUCUAAACGAUACAAAGACAAGAACAAGCUGCAGAAGCACAUGCGGCUGCACGGCGGGCUGCAGUGUGCGCAGUGUGGGCGGGGCUUCGCUCUGCAGAACGCUGCCCUCAGCGUCCACCGGGGGCAGAAGCACCGAGCGGCAGCGAGGUGUCACAUGACCUCAGCCCACACGCUGCGCAGGUGCUCAGUGCGGCUGCAGCGGCUGCAUGUGACCUCUGACCCCUCUGACCUGUAA